CAAACAUAAUUGGGGAAAAAAAAAAAUCUUUUCUAAGAAGAAAAAUAAAGCAGAAGAAGAAGAAGAGAGGAGAAAUCAAUAAAUCAAAAGUUUCAAUUUUUUUUGUUAUUUUGGUGUAUUCUAUUCAUUCUUCGACCUCUCAUGAUCAAUGGAUUCCGAUCUCUGGAUAUCUCGCCUUGCCGCGGCAAAACGCCAGUACGCGUUGCAGCAUCAUCAGAACUCUCAAUUAGAUCGGUUGAGCAUCGAUGAUUUUGAGGUUGAAGAGGAGGUUCGCCCUGAUUUCCCCUGCCCGUAUUGCUAUGAGGACUACGAUAUCGCCUCUUUGUGUUCACAUCUCGAAGACGAGCACCCAUUCGAGUCCAAAGCCACCGUUUGUCCCAUUUGCUCUGUCAAAGUUUCAAGAGACAUGCUCAGUCACAUUACACUGCAACAUGGGCAUCUAUUCAAGUUGCAGAGACGGCGCAGAUUACGUAGAGUUGCAAUUCCCAACAGUCAGACCCUGUCUAUUCUGGGUCGGGAUCUUCGUGAGGCCCAUCUACAGGUGCUCUUAGGUGGUGGUGGAUAUCGGUCAAGCAAUGCUACUGCAUCUAAUGCAGUUACUGACUCAUUUCUUUCAUCACUUGUAUUGAACUUUCCCACAUCUGAAGCAGAUGAAAUUUCAAAAUCUGCAGCUUCCAGUGCUGAGGAUAUUUCCGUAAAGAAUGUAACCUCAACACAUCCAUGGAAAUCAAGUUUCGAUCCCUCAUUGAGCUCUGAAGAACGGGAACAGAAGAUGAAACAAGCUACUGUUAGAGCUGGUUUCGUGCAAGAUCUGCUUCUAUCUACUCUUUUUGGAGACUGAAAGAGUCAGUAGGGCCCCACAAACAAAUGGUAAGUGAUCUACUUGGUAAUCUGAUUGGAGAUGGCAAGUUUGGGGUCCUGAUGGUUGUUGGGUUAAGUGUAUUUGGGACGACCCAAUACAGGCCUUCUUCGGAUGUUCUGAAGCAGCAGUAUUAAAUGGUGAUGGAAGUAUCCCAUCCGUUUUCUGCUUUCUCAUCACCAGAGAUGUACAACGAGAAGUGGAUGGUCUACUAGUAAUUUGAGAUUGACCAUCUUAAUGUUACCUCCCAUUAGUUAAUCUAUUCUAUAUUAUGACAUUUUGAUGCCUUAUUCCUUGCUAGUAAGAGAACUUAGUUGGAUUAAAAUGUCUAUUUGUGAUUUCUUGUUUAAUUAGCAAACCAAGAGGCUUUGUGAAACUUACUAGCGGUCA